AUGAAAGCUGAUCAUUCUAAGAUAUCCGGGGAAACUGAUUGUCAAAAUGAAGUUGAAUACUGUUUUUGGCAAAAUGAAGUGUAUUCUAAGCUUAAAAGCUGCUUAUUUUUCAAAGAAAAUCUUUUUAAGUUUAUGGAUAAUGGAAUAUUUAUUUAUUCACUUUUCACCUGGGCCAAAAGGUGGAUUAGUUUGAUUUCCAAACAAUAUGUAGAGCCAUAUAAGUUGCAUCCACUUCCUGUUGCCGACCAGAUUCUAUAUUGGCAACCAAUUUUUUCUAAAAACGUUAGUGAUGCACUACUUAGAUUGGAAUCUUAUGAAACAAGACAUGAUGGAUACCCAAAUACCAAACCACCUAGAUCGAUAAUGCUAGGUGCUACAUUUAAAACAUUUGGCAAAAAUAUCGGUCUCAUUUUAUUUGGAUUUUUAAUCCUUUGCUUUGGGAAUAUGUCUAUGGUAAUAUUUAUAAAAAAGAUUUUAGAUACUGCAACAGGAGAGCAAAUUAACAUUAAACUACUAUUUAUACUAGUACUUUCAUUUGUGUUUGUUCAAUUUAAUAUAGUAAUAUUUUUGGACCACCUUAAUUUUUAUAUGUAUAGAAUCAUCCAUGUAAUUCAGUAUUCAUUCUCGAUUACCAUAUUUCAACACGGGUUGUGUUACAGAAGAAAAUAUUUUAAUAACAUAAAUGGAUGUAACUAUUUGAAUGUUUGUAAUAAUGUUUUACACAGUUGCUCUCUUGAUUCAGAAUGUUCUAAAAACCCAUUAUAUUGUCCCGCAAGGAGGUACCAAAACAAAGAAAUUAAUUCUAGGAUAUUUUCUUUCGAAUUCAUGGAUUCAUAUUAUAUUUCGUUAUUUAUUGAGUCAUUAGCUCAUUUAUUGCAAUUUAUAGUUACCUUUACUGUCGGAUUUUAUUCAAUUAGUAAACUCAUACCCAUCAAGGCCUGGCCUUUGUACACAUUUUGCUUGACGACAACACUUUUUAUGAUAAUUGUUGAAAUUUUAAAUACAGUAAUUUUAAAGCAUAUAUACAACUUAAAGGAUUAUAGAAUAAACAAAUCCAGGGAAAUAUUAUCAGGUUUACACUUGAUUAACAAAAUGUUCAUAGAUGACGUAGCACAUAACAUUAUUACAGAAACAAGAAAUAAUGAGCUAAAUCUGGUUUUAUUGAGAUUCGUUUUAUCAUUUAUUAAUAGAUUGUUAGUUAUAAUAACCGUUGCAUUUUCACUCAUUUAUAUGAUGGACAAUUACGUUAAUAAUAUUCUUGAGCUGGAUGAUAUUAGCCAGUUUAAAUCCAGUUGCACUGUGUCAUCACUGUUUGUGCUGGUUAAAAUAUGUGAUGCAAUGUUAUUUAUUCCUGAUUCAAUUAAGUUCCUUACCUACUCAUUAAUAUCGCUCAUAAGAGUAGAGUAUUUUAUGAGGACUUGUUCUCCUAACUUUUACAUUAGUGAUAACAAGUUCACAGGUUCUACAAAGAUGUCCAGCGAAGUUCCAGAUGUAACUAAUGAGAUUGACAAGGAUGUAGUAGUUUUGUAUAAGGAUGCCUCUUUUUCAUGGGUCAAUAACAGGAAGGAUUUUGCCAAUAAUAAUAAUGAGGUUUAUUUGAAGAAUGUUAAUUUCCAGCUUAAGAGGGGUGAGAUUGCAAUAAUAAGUGGUAAUCAAGGCUGUGGUAAAUCUAAUUUCAUCAAAUCAGUACUGGGUGAAAUGACACUGGUGAGUGGUUGUAUGGCUGUGGUUCCCCUUCACACAUCAAUGCCUAUAUUUUAUGCCUCCCAAGAUAUAUGGCUUCAACAAGGAACUAUUAGAUCAAACAUUACAUUUGGAUAUAGAUUUGAUGAGGAAAUUUAUAACUCAGUCAUCAAAGCCGUUGAGCUGGAAUUUGAUAUAUUAUCUUGGGAGAAAGGUGACUUGAGGGUAGUUUCUGAUAAUGCUCAUUCACUUAGUGGUGGUCAGAGAGUUAGGAUGGAAAUGGCUAGAGCCAUUUAUGCUUAUCUUAUAUUUAGUAAAGUUAACAAGGAUUAUAAUAGUCAAUGUUCAUUUUUGAUGUGCCUUGACGGACCAUUUCAUGGUUUAGACCCUUACGUAUCAAGACUUAUUUUUAAUAACCUUUUCAAUUCUAAGACUGGAGUGCUUCUUAAGGAUGACCUAUCAAUUAUAAUUACGUCAACAGCAUUGGUUCUUGAUAAAAUUUGCAUCACCAAGGGAGAAUUUGGAAACUUGACUCUUUACAAAAUAGAGAAUAAAUCCCUUAAAAGGUUAAAGGAUAUUGUUUCUAAUAAAAAUCAAGCAUCCAAAAAAUCAUUUUCACGAAUUCCCAUCGUGUGUUCGCCAAAAGAAAUAAUUAGAAUAUGUGAACCGGAUCGUAAUGACCCUAUAAUUCGAGCAGAAAUAAUUAAGGGGAAAUAUGACGAUUCACUAAUUAUUGACCCUGAAUCAAAAAAGACAACCCGUAAAUUUAAGGAAUCAUUUAAGUCUUAUAUAUUAUAUUUCAAAUCAACAGGGUUCCUAUUCAUUUUUUUUGUAUUAUUUACUCUUGUAUACAUAUCUUUCGAAAACGCUAUAUUUGUAUUGGCCGGGAUAUUGGGAGAUGAAGUAAUGGAAAUAGUUGUUAAUGUAAACACACCUUUCGAAAUAAUGUCGGCAUAUUCAACAAUAAGAAGGUUGUGUAAUGAUACCUUAGAUAAAUUAAAAAUAUUAUCAGUAAUAAUUGUAUUAAUUUGUCUUUGUGCCAACGGAAUUUUGACAUACACUUGCCUUCGUGGAUGCAAAAGGAUUCACGAAUAUUGCAUUGCCUCAAUAAUGAACUCAUCGACAAACGUUAAGAUUAAAAAAAUCAGCAGUGAAGUUUUAACAUUUUUAUCAUCUGACAUCUUUAUGAUAGAUGAAAAUUUUGGACCUUGCUUGUCAUCGUUACUAAUUUUAUUUUUGGGAGCAAUAGUUCAAUCUUUCAUUAUAAUUUAUUCUUUUCCGUAUCUUACUCCAGUUCUUUGCCUGGGACUUUUUAUUAUUAUGAAUUACAUUUUUAAAAAUUUUAUACACGCAUCAAAAAAUCUUCAAAUUUCAUCCCUAGAAUCUUUGUCUAGGAACAAUUCCGUUUGUGAGAAUGCAGUUUCAUCUUCAUCCAUAUAUAGGAGCUUUAAAAAGGAGUCAAACCUUAUGGAAGACGUCGUCGAAUAUACCGACUAUUGCAUAAGAUCUUGGUUUUAUUCAAAAUCAUUCCUAUCAUGGGCAUCAUUUGUUUCCAAAUUCGUCUUUUUAUUCAUCAUCUUGACAACACUUCUUAUACCUGUUACAAUUAGAAGUUUUAAAAGAAUAAACUCAUUUGUUGGUUACUACGGAUUGGAUUUGAUGACGAGCGUUAGGAUUAUUUUUACGUUCACGAACUUUGUUGUCAAUAUCGCAAAAAUCGAAAUGCUAAUGUGUUCAGUUCAACGGUUUCAGUGCUUUAUUCCACCUGGCACUAAGUGUGUAUUUGAUAAAUUCCGUAAUGUUAAUGAAGAGGAUAUAGUUAUUAAUUCUAGCAAACUUAAGGACCAAGUGGAUAAAAAGAUGCUACUGAAGAGAAGAGCACUUGAAUUCAAAGAUACAAAACCCAAUUUAAUAAAGAGGAUGAUGUUUAGGCCAAAAAUUAACAUUAUUGAUAUUUGCAAAUAUCUUCCACCAGAACAUAGUGGUAUAGUUCUGAAGGAUAUUUGUGUAUAUACAUCAUCUCAGAUGAAUGAGGAAGGUCUUAUCCUCAAUAAUAUAAAUGCGUCACCAUCUAGGUCUGAUAUUAUUGGUAUCAUUGGCAGAACUGGAGCUGGUAAGACAACUCUAUUAUCUGUUCUGCAAAAUACAGUAAGGUAUAGAUCUGGUCAAGUCCUGUUGGAUGGCAAAGAUUUGCAAGAUAUUCCCAAGAGUGUCAUUAGGCACAUUAUUGGUGUUCUACCUCAGCUUCCAUUUGUUUUCAAGGGUUGGACCAUCAGAAGGUUCUUGGAUCCAAGGAGACUAUUUACAGAUGAUGAAAUUAAUGACGCUCUGGAUAAAUGUGGUCUCCUUGAAUUUGUUAAUAACCUUCAUGGUGGAAGAAAAUUAGAUACUGUGAUUAUUCCUGAGGAUAUAGAUUUUAAAAAGACCAAAGAGCAAUCAGCAAAAGAGUCCUUUACCCAUGAUGAAGCAUUAACUGAAGAUUCUUUUAAGUCAGAAGAUAUUAUGUUGUCUAUAAGCCAGCUCAGAACCCUUUGGUUUGCCAAAUUACUAUUAUGCAGACAUCUCUAUAGGAUGUUAAUCAUCGAUGAACCUCCAUCUGAUAAUUGUUCAGAAGACGGAUCUGAGGUUCAAGAUAUCGGAAUACCAAUCUACGAGUUAUUGGACAAAUAUUUCAAACAUUGUACAUGUUUUGUUACAGCACAUUAUGCCAACGCAUUGCGAACGUGUACAUCAGUUUGGGUAAUGCAUAAUGGUAAACUUAUAAAAACAUGUAAGGCCUCGGAAGUAUCCAAAAAUGAAUCGAUCUCGGACCUGAUAGAACAACUCCUUAACAAAUACUCCAAGAUAUAUUAA